AUGUACAAUGAGAUGCUGUGUAAAACACUAGGAGCUCUAGUGAGGCUAUACAUGCAGCUAUUCAAGACUAGGUCCUCAGAUUGUUCCAAAUCAACCCACACACUGUGGCUCGAGUCUUUCUUUACACCAGGGGUCCCCAAUUACAUUCAUCCGCUGGCAGAUUUUUUUCUUGAGCGGAUGGUCGGGGGGACGGAACAUAGUUAAAAAUAAUUUGUACACUGCAAAUUGACCGCAAGAAUCCCAAAUAGAUAUAGUAUUUGACAAAAACAGAAUAAUUUCAAACCUUGGUUACAUUGGGAGACGUUCACAUAUGUCUCUAUAUUUAUGUGUGGGAAUAUUUGGGAACAUAUUUCCUAAAUUAAAAUCACUUUGAGCUGAGUUCCUGGUGAUUUUACAGUCCUUUUAUGUCCAACAACGGAAAUUAUUUGCAAAUUUUUUUUGCUCAUGAAACUGGGGGGGAGGAGGCAAAUACAAUCACCCAUGUGACAUAUUUGGCUAACGGGCCACCUACUGCUUUACACUGUUUGUUCUGAAGCCAACUACUCCGUCUGAAGAUGUUAUCAAGUAGCAUACAACAGGUCAACAGGGACAGAAAGGCUGUCAGCAAAAAAGGAUAUGCGUAAUUUGCAUAAUAUUGUACCAGGCUGGCUAGGGAAUUACAACUCCAUUAGGAAUGCAGGAAUAACUUUGAAUGAAGUAGAUCAUGUAGGGUUCAUAUUCAAAAAGGAAAAAUAAAUAUGUAUGAAACCACCCAUUUCCUGUCUGGGUCUCCAGUCUUAACUCUCCCCAGUGAUGUUAUCCUACAAUUAUGUUCUGCUAGGGACAAUGUUUUAAAUGUCCAUAUUAGAUCAGUUCAGUAGUGUAAAUACAGUCACACUCUACAGGCCAAACAACUAAUGAAGGAGACCCCAGGAAUAGUUGUGUGAAUAGAAGAAAAAUGACACAGGCCCUCAAAUUAGCUUAGCAUGUCAGGGGGCCAAUCGAGGGGUUAAGAGGGCUAAUCCUGCCUUGUUGAUAAGAUCAAUAUGCGCAUAUACAUGACUUAAAGGGUCACACUGACAUAUUUCUAUGCACCGACUGGUUAAAAACUCUUUAGAUAUAAAAUCAAAUCAAAUGUUAUUUGUCACACGUGCCGAAUACAACAGGUGAAAUGAUUACUUACAAGCCCUUAACCAACAAUGCAGUUCAAGAAAUAGAGUUAAGAAAAUAUUUACUAAAUAAACUAAAGUAAAAAAUAAAAUAAAAAGUAACAAUAAAAUAACAAUAACGAGGCUAUAUACAGGGGGUACCGGUACCAAGUCAAGGUGCGGGGGUACAGGUUAGUCGAGGUAAUUUGUACAUGUAGGUAGGGAAGGAAGGACUUCUAGUAAGUAUUAGAAACAAAGCACUUGAGCCCUAUUCACUCAGCCAGCCUUGCAUUUCCCUCAGUAUUUUUUGUUGUUGCUUUCUACCCUGUAGUAAAUUAAUGCUUUCCCUUAGCGUUAAAUCUCUAGAUGAGAUAUCAUAAUAAUACUACCCAGACUGGCCUUUUCUCCAUCAAGGUCACCAUUGUCUGCAGUAGUUCAGAUGAAAUAGACAGCUCCUUUUAAGUUUAACACAGGAAAUGAGGAGGCCGGGGCACAUGUUCUUGGAUCUCUGCCAAACCAUGUGGGUUUGAGCUAUCAUAUGUUCUCCAGACAUUAGUAAUGCCUGUGUCACUGGGUAUGGCAUACGAUUCAGUCAAUGUUUGGUUUGUGGAUGGAUAGCAUGAAAAAUAUAUUAUUAGAUUAGCCUAUUUCAAAUGUUUAUCAUGUUCCACAUUCAACCUCUUCAAUCUCUAUUGUGAAGUUACAACAACACCAAUGAGUCAACAACUGAGGUUAACCACACUGUAAUUCCUUCCCCAUGUCGUCUGGUGGGUUUCACUUGGAGAUUAAUAAAGCAAUGAACAGCUUGUUACUGUUGUUAGCAUCCUGGGGGCUCACUCCAUAAACACCUGCUUAGAGAAUGGCUGGCUGGGGCAUUAUGGGAAGCAGUGUGUGGAUGCCUGGCCGGAGUUCAGCUAGACAUAGUGGUAGUGUGUGUGUGUGUGUGUGCGUGUGUGUGUGCAUAUGUGAGGGCACAGCCAGAUUGAAAGACACAGGGACCGACCGUGUUUAAACGUUCUCCUCUGGACAGCAGUGGGCUUUGAAGCUGGCCUUUCCAUGGAGCAUAGACACUGAAUGUCAGGGACCAGGUGCAGAAAAUGUUAAUAGACUCCAGACUUUAAACUUCUUUACCAGCACUGUGGCUCUGCCGCUCUGCCAUCAGCCAGAAUAUUUGCUAGACUUUUUCUCUCUCCUUUUUUUUAAUCUCUGUCUGGCUACAGUUUCAUAACACUUUUUUUUUUUUUCAGCAGUAGCCCCUUUAAUUGUUUUUUUCCCUGAAGGUAGUGUUUUUAAAGAGUAGUGUGCAAACUUGUUGGGGGAAACCAGCCAACUGAAAAACCCAUGCAGUAGUUCUAUGCCCAACAGUGGCCAGCGCAUAUUAAAUAGAACACUUAUGUGAAUUAUAAGAUUUCGAUGGGCCAGGGUCUCAAUUGAAUAUAAUGUACAUUUCACAGGUCUUUCUGAUAUUUCAUCAUUCAUAAUGACUCAUCGCUCAUUAUAAGCCUGAAGUUACACAGCGUUGUCUCCUGAUUUCCUAUCCCAUGUCUCCCCAUGUUUCCAACUUCCAGGUGACUACGUGGCAGCAGAUUUGGCAGACGGUGCACCAUAAACUGGGUAACAGGCCGAAGAGACCUCGCUCCCCCCUGUCUGACCCCCCUGCCAUCAAGGAGCUGCUGAAAUCUGAGAUCCAACUGCUGCUGGGGACCGUGAGAGAGAGAGCAGCCCUAGAGGGCAGGUGAGGAGAAGACUCUUGUGUGAUUACUCAACUCCAUGGCUGCGUCCCAAAUGGCACUAUUUUCCCUAUAUAGUCCAUUACUUUUGACCAGGGCCCAUAGCGCUCUGGUCAGAAGUAGUGUACUAUCUAAGGAAUAGGGUGCCAUUUUGGGACACAUACCAAUACUAUGCAAUUACAGUGCAGUUACUUAAGUACUAUGUAACAACAACAUGUUAAUACAACAUAGUCUAUUAAUCACUGGUGACAACUUCUUUGAAUAUCAGCAACAACAAAAAAGCUUUGGAAGAAACUACUGCCAUUACCCUGUUGGCAUUCCUUUCCCUUCCUCUUCUAGUUUGUUAUUCAGUUUGGAAUUGAUAAAGCAUUUAUCAAAUUGUCAAACACCAACACUUCUUCUUAUGCCAUGAUUGCCUAAUGGUUGAAUUUUGAGAAAAAUAUAUACAGUGGGGAGAACAAGUAUUUGAUACACUGCCGAUUUUGCAGGUUUUCCUACUUACAAAAAUCCAGAAAAUCACAUUGUAUGAUUUUUAAGUAAAUAAUUUGCAUUUUAUUGCAUGACAUAAGUAUUUGAUCACCUACCAACCAGUAAGAAUUCCGGCUCUCACAGACCUGUUAGUUUUUCUUUAAGAAGCCCUCCUGUUCUCCACUCAUUACCUGUAUUAACUGCACCUGUUUGAACUCGUUACCUGUAUAAAAGACACCUGUCCACACACUCAAUCAAACAGACUCCAACCUCUCCACAAUGGCCAAGACCAGAGAGCUGUGUAAGGACAUCAGGGAUAAAAUUGUAGACCUGCACAAGGCUGGGAUGGGCUACAGGACAAUAGGCAAGCAGCUUGGUGAGAAGGCAACAACUGUUGGCUCAAUUAUUAGAAAAUGGAAGAAGUUCAAGAUGACGGUCAAUCACACUCGGUCUGGGGCUCCAUGCAAGAUCUCACCUCGUGGGGCAUCAAUGAUCAUGAGGAAGGUGAGGGAUCAGCCCAGAACUACACGGCAGGACCUGGUCAAUGACCUGAAGAGAGCUGGGACCACAGUCUCAAAGAAAACCAUUAGUAACACACUACGCCGUCAUGGAUUAAAAUCCUGCAGCGCAUGCAAGGUCCCCCUGCUCAAGCCAGCGCAUGUCCAGGCCCGUCUGAAGUUUGCCAAUGACCAUCUGGAUGAUCUAGAGGAGGAAUGGGAGAAGGUCAUGUGGUCUGAUGAGACAAAAAUAGAGCUUUUUGGUCUAAACUCCACUCGCCGUGUUUGGAGGAAGAAGAAGGAUGAGUACAACCCCAAGAACACCAUCCCAACCGUGAAGCAUGGAGGUGGAAACAUCAUUCUUUGGGGAUGCUUUUCUGCAAAGGGGACAGGACGACUGCACCGUAUUGAGGGGAGGAUGGAUGGGGCCAUGUAUCGCGAGAUCUUGGCCAACAACCUCCUUCCCUCAGUAAGAGCAUUGAAGAUGGGUCGUGGCUGGGUCUUCCAGCAUGACAACGACCCGAAACACACAGCCAGGGCAACUAAGGAGUGGCUCCGUAAGAAGCAUCUCAAGGUCCUGGAGUGGCCUAGCCAGUCUCCAGACCUGAACCCAAUAGAUAAUCUUUGGAGGGAGCUGAAAAUCCAUAUUGCCCAGCAACAGCCCCGAAACCUGAAGGAUCUGGAGAAGGUCUGUAUGGAGGAGUGGGCCAAAAUCCCUGCUGCAGUGUGUGCAAACCUGGUCAAGACCUACAGGAAACAUAUGAUAUCUGUAAUUGCAAACAAAGGUUUCUGUACCAAAUAUUAAGUUCUGCUUUUCUGAUGUAUCAAAUACGUAUGUCAUGCAAUAAAAUGCAAAUUAAUUACUUAAAGAUCAUACAAUGUGAUUUUCUGGAUUUUUGUUUUACAUUCCGUCUCUCACAGUUGAAGUGUACCUAUGAUAAAAAUUACAGACCUCUACAUGCUUUGUAAGUAGGAAAACCUGCAAAAUCGGCAGUGUAUCAAAUACUUGUUCUCCCCACUGUAUGUUUACAUUUUCAUUCAUCAGACAGAGGACCAAGGAGAACGUGACAUUGUUGGGAUGUCUGUGGAUUUUGUUUCCAAGGCCAGGCUUCUUCUCCCCGUCUCGCCAUCCCUGUCUGUCUGCCUAUUUUUGUUAGUUCCAGGUGAUAAAUGUUCUGACCCCAGUAGAACCAUUGAAACGUAUAUUUCCACUGGGAAAGGGUUGGGCCUAGGGGUCAGGACCCUUGUUUCACACUUUGUACCUUUAGUUUUCUUCAACAAUGAUAACUUUAAAUGCUUACUGUGUUUUUAGUUAGUUACAAAUGGUUUGGUAAUAAUUAGAUCAAAGAAGAUAGUAAUGUUACAAAAUGGCUGUAAAUGUUAUGGGUCUAAUAGUCAAAGCACAAGGCAGAUUGAGGUUUCAUAAUCUCCUACAUUAAAGUAUUGUUUUAUAUUGUUUAGCCUAAAGCAACAAGUCACCCAGACCCCCCCAAAUGGGGGCCCUAUUUUAAUAUUGCCUACCCAACACUAGGCCUGCAUCCGGAUGAGCCUGUUUGUCCAACAAAAGGCAGUAAUUUACAGGUACCUAUUUGAAGGGGAGGCCUCUCUGUCAGCAACUGGAGGAGGCUCUGAAGAAUGUAGCUCCCCCUCAACUCUGCCCCUAUAAUUUUAGUUUUUGUUGCCAUUCAGGAAAAACACAAAUCACUGAAGAUUGUAUCCAAUAAAUGUGAUGCACCAGUUAGAAUGUAUUGGCAGUGGCUAUCUCACAAAUAAUGUCAUUCAUAGCUUUAUUGUUACUUUAAAUCAGAUCAGAUUUUGCUAAGACUAUAGGACUAUUAAAGGGUAUACUAGGAAUAGUCUAGGAAUGUGUAUCAUUCAGGAAUUAUUUCAUCUUAAACCCACUUCAAACAAACCCUGUCAGUAUGUCCAGACGUCCUGUGGACAAAUCAACGAGGUAAUGCUGGGACUUUAGGUAUCAGUGCCAUGUUAACCCUGACACUAUGUUCUGCUUUGAAUCCCUGCCAAGUGCCAACCACGCUGCUGCCUGCUGGUUGGUCCUGUUGGUCUCUGCCUCUGCCCUGUGUUUGUGGAUGCAUCCCAAAUGGCACCCUAUUCACUAUAUAGUGCUCAGGUCAAAAGUAGUGCACUAUGUAGGGAAUAGGGUGCCCUUUGGGAUAUAGUCUGUGUGUAUAUCCUCCAUGAUCCCCCUCUCUUUGAUUAGAAAAUUAAGUCCCUCACUGUAAAUCAGCUGAUCUGCUUUCAGGACAAAGCUGCUGGAUCAUUUCCCUUUAAUAUCGCUCCAGGUUUGGAGCUUUCUCUUUAUCCUUGACCAAUCGAUCCUACCCAAAGCAGGAAACUGUUGAGUUGACUAAAUACCCUAGAGCUGAGGACUUUAAUGAACAAGGGUGUCUGAGUUUAGCAGCUAUGAUUCAUCUUGCUUUGAAAGUGAACUGAUUUAAUGGAGCUGGUUGGCAACUUUUCAGAUCACCUGUCCCCUUGUGUGGUCCUCCCUCCAUGCCAUUGUCUUAGAGAUUUGUGGUCGGCGUCCUCAGUGCAGCUGCACCUGUCCCAUUAUGGAGAGAAAUAGGGGCUACGCUGAAUGCCCAUUGAGUGAAGAGUACUCUGAAUAAAUAGGCUUUCUGAAAACGGGCCCAAGGAGGUCCUAAAUCUCGGAACGGAACUAGCAUAACAAUUGGAGCGGGAGGAGCUGUAAGGUGGGAAACGUUAAAAGUGGCUGUGGUUGUGGUGUAACUUAUUUUACAUUUGUAGUUUAUCAAUCUUCCAGGACGGAGGAGGAUUUGAAUGGUCUGGUGUGGUUGUUGAUGUUGCGGCGGGCAUCUAUGCCAUCUUUGUUAGCUGAGAUCAGGACUCCUCCUCUCUCUGGGAGUAAGCUACUUAGUGAUAUGUACUACACUGCCUCACAAUGUAGCCUCUGUUCCUGUCAUUAUAGCUAGACCCGGUAGCUCCACUAGCAGCCUGCCACUGAAAUGGGAUUCUUACCUCUACUCACCCUCCACCCUCCACACAAUCUUGUUCACUAGAAGUUGUGCACUGUGGUGUAAGACUCAGGCAUACAGUAGGACUCAAAAGCUCAAAGCUUCAAUGUUUGCUGAUAUAUGGGUCAGCGUUAGCUAUCCACAACAGGCCAUAGCCUAGAUGUUGGCUUUGACCAAAAAGAGAGGAUGCAUUUUGUAAGCUUUUCCGGUCAUUGGUUUUGGGGUUUAGUCCUGGGGGGUUCAUGGGGGAGUCCUAUCUUCCUGUUUUCCACUUGAGCAGUAUUUCUCCGUAAUUACGCAACCCUUUGUGAUUUCAAAAAAAGGUUGGGCAUCCUUGGCCAGCAUCUGCAACAGCCUUUUUUCAGGAGAUCAAAAGAGUUUCGGCAGGUGCAGCUAAAUGCCACUUUCCACUUUUGCGCAGCCUCCUGAUUGAAAUCCCUCAGCCUAGUAACAUAACAUCCCCACUUUGACACCGCUGGGGUGUUCUCCUCACCCUUCAUCCAACAGGCCUUGCUCCAUGGCUGGUGACUCUUGGAGGCUGCAGGGCUGCUGCUGCUGCUGUACCAUUCCCAUUUCCUCUCUCUCUCUCUCUCUCUCUCCCCCCCCAUCUCUCUCUCUCUCUCAUCUCUACUCUGUCCUAUCGUAUCUCUCUCUCUCUCUCUCUCUCUAUCUCUCCCCCCCCCCAUCUCUCUCUCUCUCUCUCUCUCUCAAUUCAAUUUAAGGGCUUUAUUGGCAUGGGAAAUGUGUGUUAACAUUGCCAAAGCAAGUGAAGUAGAUAGUAAACAAAAGUGAAAUAAACAAUAAAUAUUAACAGUAAACAUUACACUCAGAAGUUUCAAAAGAAUAAAGACAUUUCAAAUGUCAUAUUAUGUAUAUAUACAGUGUUGUAACAAUGUGCAAAUAGUUAAAGUACAAAUGGGAAAAUAAAUAAACAUAAAUAUGGGGUUGUAUUUACAAUGGUGUUUGUUCUUCACUGGUUGCCCUUUUCUUGUGGCAACAGGUCACAAAUCUUGCAGCUGUGAUGGCACACUGUGGUUUUUCACCCAGUAGAUAAGGGAGUUUAUCAAAAUUGGGUUUGUUUUUUGCAUUCUUUGUGGAUCGCUGUAAUCUGAGGGAAAUAUGUGUCUCUAAUAUGGUCAUACAUUUGGCAGGAGGUUAGGAAGUGCAGCUCAGUUUCCACCUCAUUUUGUGGGCAGUGUGCACAUAGCCUGUCUUCUCUUGAGAGCCAGGUCUGCCUACGGUGGCCUUUCUCAAUAGCAAGGCUAUGCUCACUGAGUCUGUACAUAGUCAAAGCUUUCCUUAAGUUUGGGUCAGUCACAGUGGUCAGGUAUUCUGCCACUGUGUACUCUCUGUUUAGGGCCAAAUAGCAUUCUAGUUUGCUCUGUUUCUCUCUCUCUCUCCUCAGCGAGGAGAGCGCGGCGCGCGGCGCUCAGAGCGCGCGCGCGCGCUGCUCGCGUCGCUCAGCUGCUCUCCGAUCGCUCUCGCUAUGCUCGCUCUCGCUCUGCUCGCUCUCUCUGCUCUAUAAUAUAUAGAUAUAUGAGAGAUAGAGAUAUAGAUAUAUAUAUUAUAGAUAUUAUUAUAUAUUAUAUCUCUAUCUCUUCACCCCAUCUCUCUCGCUCUCUCUGCUCCACUGCUUUAAUCUUUUCAGCAUGGUAGUUUUAAGAUUAGGACAAGGGGAUUACAGAAAGCAGGACAGGCCUGCUGUCCGCCCGGCCUGUCAGGAUUGACAGACAUACAACACUCACUUUGUGUUGCACCAAUGGGUCAAAACUGGGGUGCUAGGGGUUGCCAAAUUGGUGCCUCACUAUUCCUAUCCUUCCUUUGUCAUCUUAUUACCUCCUCUCUGACUCCUUCACACUAUGUUGGUGGUUAUUUGUGUGUAUCUAUUGAUUUUCAGGGAUGGAGAUGCAGACAUAUUCCGGUACAGUCCUAGUGUGGUGAAUUACGCCUUGGGUGUCCAUAACAGUCGUUGUGACAAUGUGAAUAGUAGGCCUACCCCUAGUGGAAUACAAUUCAGCCAGAGCCAACAUGCAGAAAGGUUAGUCUGACUGUCAAGAGUAAGAUACAUUUACAUACUGUAAUACAACUGCUACAACACAAGAGGGAAAAGGACAGUUGCAAACACACGUUGUCAUUGUGUAUUUCUACUUAUCUGUCAUGUGGAUGCACCUUAGACAUGCAUUUCUGGUCCCACAGGUCCUGUUCCCGGAGCUCAGUCAGCUCUACUACCAGCCAAGAUGACAUUGAUGACAUGAAACACAAGCUGAAUGUCAACCACAUAGAGGACGUUGUGGCCCACCUCAAGUAAGUCACUGAGCAACAUUUCAAAAAUGUCAAUUACAGACCAAUGUUUAGGUAAUGCGUCCUUUAAAAUGCAACCAGUUGAAAUGAGCUUUGUGAUAGACAGUAGUACUUAUAGUCUGUCUGCAAGGCAGAAUAUAUGACUGCAAGACCUUAGUCUGUAUCCAUGAAGAGUCCCAGACAGGAAAGACCAUGAGCCAUUGGGUAAAUGUGAGCCACAGUCAGAGAAGUGCUGUAAUGAAAUGAAUACAGCUGUGGGACUGUGGGGAAUGGGACCCUUUUUUCCUCCUCACACAUUCCUCUGUGCAGAGUCAGAUUUCUCUUCAGACUUCUGCCACUCUGGCCCUCUUUAAAUCUGCCUGUUUGGACAGACCAGACAUGUCUUCAUCAUUGUGCAAACAUGGCGUUACAGUAAAGAGAAAGGGGGUAGCUAAACGAUAGGAGGACUGGCCAGCUUCCAUCCACCCUGCUUUGUCUCUUUCUACCUUCCUCUGUUCUCAUUCUCUCCAUUAUAGUGUAUUCCUGUCCUGUCAUCUACAGUGUAAAGAUCCAUGGCCUCUCUCUCCUGGUCAUAGUUCCCCUCUCCUCUCCCCUGUUCUCCUGUCUUGCUCUCCUCUCUCCCGCCUGUGUCUUCCAGCCUGGUUCCCUCUCCCUUUCCCCCUGGCCUUGUGACAGCCAGAGCCAGGCAUCUGGAGCUCCCUACCCAACCAGGCCAGGAGGGGAAUGCAAACACUGCGCUUGCCUUGGAGGGGAGCUGGGGGAGAGGAGAUGGAGGGCGGAGGGUGGAGGCCAGCCAGCCCUCUCCUCUCUCCAUCCCCGCACGGAACAAAAGCCCCCAUUGUAA